AUUGUCCCGCCCAUUCCCUCCGAUCUGAUUAAAUUUUACAAGAGCGUGUGCGAUGUUAUGGUGGUUGUCACUGACGAAUGUGAAUAAAAAGCCGGUGGACACAGUGAAGAUAAGGAGACAAAACCACGUCAAAAUCUUGGGCGCUGUACGGGAAUAGCGGGAGAUAGUGGAGCGUGGCAGGAGGGUGCUCACUACUCUUUCAAACGCGACCGACGCCGCAAACCACGCAGAAUAUGGCGGAGCAGCACACAGCCACGGACGGCAAGCACAAAGCGUCUCCGAAUGCCGGGGGAUCGCUGCAUGGUAACAGCCGACCCAACGCGGUGGGUGGAGGAGGGGGMAAAGGAGGCCUCUCUGGCGGACUGGCACAGCCAGCGGGGUGGCAGUCCUUACUCUCGUUUACUAUUCUUUUUCUGGCCUGGUUGGCAGGCUUCAGUUCUAGACUUUUUGCAGUGAUCCGGUUCGAGAGCAUCAUCCACGAGUUCGAUCCAUGGUUCAACUACAGAUCAACACAUCACCUGACCACAAAUGGGUUUUACGAGUUCCUCAACUGGUUUGACGAGAGGUCAUGGUACCCCUUGGGGAGGAUCGUGGGGGGCACAGUAUAUCCAGGUUUGAUGGUCACCGCAGGCCUUAUCCACUACGUGCUGAACCUGCUCCACUUGACGGUGCACAUCCGGGAUGUGUGCGUCUUCCUGGCGCCCGUGUUCAGUGGCCUGACAUCCAUCUCCACCUUUCUGCUGACGCGGGAGCUGUGGAACCAGGGGGCGGGGCUUCUGGCAGCCUGCUUUAUCGCCAUCGUUCCCGGGUACAUCUCCCGCUCUGUGGCCGGCUCCUUCGACAACGAGGGCAUUGCCAUCUUCGCCCUCCAGUUCACCUACUACCUUUGGGUGAAGUCGAUCAAAACCGGCUCGGUGUUCUGGUCCAUUGGCUGCUGCAUCUCCUACUUCUACAUGGUGUCCGCAUGGGGAGGAUAUGUCUUCAUCAUCAACCUGAUCCCUCUGCAUGUGUUUGUGCUGCUGCUCAUGCAGCGCUACAGCAGGAGGGUCUAUAUCGCUUAUAGCACUUUCUACAUCGUGGGCCUGGUGCUAUCCAUGCAGAUCCCCUUUGUGGGGUUCCAGCCAAUCAGGACCAGCGAACACAUGGCUGCAGCAGGCGUGUUUGCACUGCUCCAGGCAUAUGCAUUGCUGCAGUACCUGAAGGACAGGCUCACCAAGCAGGAAUUCCAGACCCUUUUCUUCCUGGGGGUGUCGCUAGCUGCUGGGGUGGUGUUUCUCACCGUCAUCUAUCUCACCUACACUGGUUACAUCGCUCCGUGGAGUGGGCGAUUCUACUCGCUGUGGGACACCGGCUACGCUAAGAUCCAUAUCCCCAUCAUCGCGUCUGUGUCGGAGCACCAGCCCACCACCUGGGUGUCGUUCUUCUUCGACCUCCACAUCCUGGUCUGCACCUUCCCAGCAGGCCUCUGGUUCUGCAUCAAGAAUGUCAACGACGAGCGCGUCUUCGUGGCUCUCUAUGCCAUCAGCGCGGUCUACUUUGCCGGGGUGAUGGUGCGCCUGAUGCUGACCUUGACGCCGGUGGUGUGCAUGCUGUCGGCCAUCGCCUUCUCCAGUGUGUUCGAGCACUACCUGGGGGACGACAUGAAGAGGGAGAACCCUCCCAUAGAGGACAGCAGUGACGAGGAUGACAAAAGGAGCUCAGGGAACCUCUAUGACAAGGUCAGGAGGAGGAGUCGCAGUCCAGGGCCCCGUAUUCUGAUGCUGCUCAUGAUGUUCGCAGUCCACUGCACAUGGGUCACCAGCAACGCCUACUCCAGUCCUAGUGUGGUGCUGGCCUCCUACAACAACGAUGGGACGAGGAACACGGAUGACUUCAGGGAGGCCUACUAUUGGCAGCAGAACACAGACGAGCACGCGAGGGUUAUGUCUUGGUGGGACUACGGCUACCAGAUAGCUGCAUGGCUAAUCGAACCACCCUUAGUGGACAACAACACAUGGAAUAACAGUCAUAUAGCACUGGGGCAAAGGCCAUGGUCGUCCAAUGAGAGCGCAGCGUACGAGAUCAUGAGGAGUCUGGACGUGGACUACGUGCUGAUCAUCUUCGGGGGCGUGAUUGGUUACUCGGGCGACGACAUCAACAAGUUCCUGUGGAUGGUCAGGAUAGCGGAGGGAGAGCAUCCCAAGGACAUUCGGGAGAGUGACUACUUCACCCCUCAGGGAGAGUUCCGUGUGGACAAGGCCGGCUCGCCCGUCCUGCUCAACUGCCUCAUGUACAAGAUGUCCUACUACCGCUUCGGCGAGAUGCAGCUGGACUUCCGGACACCGCCUGGGUUCGACCGCACCCGCAACGCCGAGAUCGGCAACAAGGACAUCGCGUUCAAGCACCUUGAGGAGGCGUUCACCUCAGAGCACUGGCUGGUGCGCAUCUACAAGGUGAAGAAGCUGGAGAACAGGGAGCCGCUGGAGCACAAGCUCCGCAGCGUCGUGCCCAGGCAGAAGUACACCUCCAAAAAGACUGCUAAGAGGAAGCGAGGACACAUCAGGAAUAAGCUGGUCCUGAAGAAAGGCAAGAAACUAAACAAGAAAUAAUGAAGAUGGACACGACACAAAAAUACAAAAAAAUUAACUAGCUAAGAAAACUACCAAUGAAAAAGAAUGCCCAUUUGUAUGGAAUGUGAGCACUUAGCCUCGAGGGCUAGUCCUCUGAGCGCAGCACCCCCUGUGGUGGGGAGGGUGAAGUGUCAUGUCUGGCUAGCCCCAGAACCUUUUGUCCGUUUUAUCCAGAGGAUCUUUUGUCAUGCUCUCUUUUUUUCUUCUUUGUACUUGAAUGUGUGGCAAGGCACUGAGCUGCUGAAGCCCGGGGUGAGCGUACAUUUUGUGGUACAUUUAACUGUUAUUCUAGAGGGGGGGACAAAACAAAGAAAGGAAACUGAGGAGGCUAGGAGCAAUUGCACCAAAGAGCCCUUGAUUUAGCUCCUUGGCACAUGUAAACGUGUUUUCUUUUGUGAGAGUGAGGAAGCGAGGACAUGGUCCUGCCACGCAUACGGAGGAAUUCCACUGUCUAGGCCCAGCUGAUUUUACUUCUGAUGGUUACUUUUAAUCAUUAUUUUGGCUCUAAUUUGUCAUCACCGAGACAAUUCUUUAGGAAACAAAAGGCCUAAUAUGUAAAUAUGUUAUGUAAAGAAAAUGUCUGAUAGGGUUGUAAUAUAUUGGAUUAUUGUGGCGAUUUUUUUUUUAAAUACGCAGAUGAUUUCUUCUCUUUACUUUGAUGUUUUUUUUUUAUGGCAGCAGCUAGAACAGUGAAUGCAAUCAUUCUCGUUAGGGGGGACUUGAGAUUUUGUUUGAAUUAAUGUGAAUUUAAGAAACCCCCCCCCCC